GGUCAUUUCAUUACAUAACACAAUCGUCUCUUUCCUUUCCCGCCAUUGCAAAGCUGAAGAAAUGGGUUCUCGAACCCUAAUGGACAUGUUCGAACCUGUUUCCAAGCGCUUGAAACCAACUCUCACCCCAACCAACGAUGUCAAUGGCAAUGCCAAUGCCAAUGCCAAUGCAAAUGCCUCCACACUCUCCGUUCUCCAAAAGUCCCGCAUCGAAUACAACAAGCUUCUCGCCAAGUCCAAGAGGAAUCGCAAACUCUGCGUCCAAAGGGUCUCCAAAAGCAAAGGUUUAGGACUAGGAGGCGUGAAACUAGAGGAGUUGCUGGUGGAGGAAACGUGGUUGGAAGCUCUCUCAGGAGAACUCCAAAAGCCCUAUGCUGUCAAUCUCUCUAAGUUUGUGGAGAAUGAUUUUUGCAGCGGCGACGACGUCGUUUACCCUCCUUCGCACUUGAUUUUCAACGCUCUUAACUCUACCCCUUUUCACAGAGUUAAGGCUGUAAUCCUUGGCCAGGACCCUUAUCAUGGACCUGGUCAAGCAAUGGGGCUUUCGUUCUCGGUUCCUGAAGGAGUCAAAGUUCCUUCCAGUUUGGUCAAUAUAUUCAAGGAACUUCACCAAGACCUUGGAUGCUCCAUUCCACCUCAUGGGAAUCUCGAAAAAUGGGCCCUGCAGGGUGUUCUUUUACUCAAUGCUGUUCUUACAGUCAGGAAGCAUCAAGCAAAUUCUCAUGCUAAAAAAGGCUGGGAACAAUUUACUGAUGCUGUUAUCAAGACAAUCUCACAGAAGAAAAAAGGAGUUGUGUUUUUGUUGUGGGGAAACUCUGCUCGGGAGAAAUCUAGGUUAAUUGAUGCAACAAAGCAUCAUGUUCUUAAAGCUGCACAUCCUUCUGGUUUGUCUGCAAAUAGAGGCUUCUUUGGCUGCAGGCACUUCUCUCGCACUAACCAACUUCUGGAGCAAGAGGGGAUUGAUCCCAUAGAUUGGCAACUAUAAUGUUUAUCUAGAGUUUCAAGCAAGCGUUUUUUAUUUGAUCAGGAUCAUUUUUUGAAGCCUACUGCUACAUGUUUUGGUGUAAGAUGAUUCUGUUGUUUCUAAAUCUACGCAGAUAUUUUAUUUUAUUUUUUAUUUUUUUGUCGAUAGUUUGAUCCUGCAGUGUUGUUACCUUGAUUCUGCUUUGCAGUACUGACCAUUAUUAAAAUAUAGGAUUUGGCUU